AUGGAGGAGAUAUCAGAUCACCAUAAAAAUGCUAAAGCAAUCAAAAAGACUGAGGGAUCGAUGCUCCUCCCUAGUGCAAGGAAUCAAAAGCGCCAAACAACUGCUGGUUGGGAACUUCAUGUGAUCUGGAAAGAUGGAACAUCCAAUUGGGUAACACUGAAAGACAUGAAAGAAUCCUUUCCCCUUGAAGUUGCAGACUAUGCCAAGUUAAAGGCUAUUGACAAUGAAGCAGCAUUCACAUGGUGGGUCCCACAUGUACACAAAAAGCGUGACUGUUUUAUAAGCAAGGUCAAAUCAAAAUAUUGGGAACGGACCCACAAAUACGGUAUCCGCAGCCCAAAAUCUGUCAAAGAGGCCAUCCAAAUUGAUCGAGAAAAUGGUGAUACCUUGUGGCAAGAUGCCAGCAUCAAAAUGGAAAUGAAGAACAAUCGAGUUGCCCUUGAGGAACUUGGCGGGGACAUCAAAAAGCUAAUUGGAUACAAACCCAUCGCUGGUCACAUGGUGUUUGAUGUCAAACUUGGUGAAAACUUCCAACAAAAGGCGCGAUAUUGCGCUGAUGGACACAAGACAGAAGUGCUAGCAGCACUGACAUACAGCACUGUGUAUUGA